AUGGGGACACCUUCGUACAUCCUUCCAAAUGGAAAACGGUUCGAUUCGUUGCAUCUCGAUGAGUUAUAUCCAGAUAGAGAAAGCAAAGAUGAAGCUGGGCAAAGAUAUCAAAAGAUGCAUGAACAGUACUGGAAUUCCAGCGAUAGAAUGCUCAAAGGACCAUUGGAUAGAGUACAACUGGACCUUUCCGAAAUGCUACUAUUGAGUGCUUUGAUUUAUUGGGAUUUUGGAAUCACAAAUCAAUCCGAGGAAUGCAUUGAAACUUGCCAGCAAAUGCGAAAGAUUGUAAUUGAAGAACUCGCUGACUACGAAAAAUCAAAACUGCCACAUGGAGAUCAUUCGUUUCGAAUAAUGGAGAUUGUGGGUAUCCUUCAAUGUAUUCACAAAGCGUCUUAUGUUAUCAAAGAGUGUGGGCUCGUAGUUAAAAUUUAUGGGUUGAAUGGAAAAGAUUGUCCGCUUUACGAAAUUUCGGAUGGAUGA